AUGUCGUCGAAAAAUUCGGCUGAUAUCGAAAUCCAGGUGCGAGAAUCGGACGCUUCCACGUCGAUAUGCGACCAGAUCGAUUCCUUGACGGAUGAUUGGGAUGCACCUCACAACAAAGAAAACCCCAGGAACUGGAGUGCCUUGAAGAAGGGCUGUCAUACCAUCCCAGUGGCGCUGCUUUGCCUGAGCGUGACGGCCGGCUCGUCUAUGAUCACACCCGGCGUGUUCGCGAUCGGGUACAAGUUCCAUGUGUCUCACACUGCCGCGCUGCUCCCCCUAUCGUUGUUUGUCCUUGGACUGGCGAUCGGGCCGGUGCUUGCUGCGCCUAUUUCGGAAACCCGCGGUCGGGCCAUUGUCUACAAAGUUAGCAUACCUCUAUACAUGCUUUUCAUUCUUGGCGCCGGCUUCUCGAAGUCCUUUGCAGGCUUGCUGGUAUGCCGCACCCUCGCAGCGAUUUCUGGUGCUCCAUGUCUUGCUGUAGGAGCAGGCACCGUCGCGGAUCUCUUCGAGCCAAGCAAGAUGGCCGGCCCCGGCGCUAUCGUGGUCAUGGCACCGUUCUUGGGUCCUUGCCUUGGACCAGUCAUCGGAGGCUUCGCAGCAACAUAUACAGAGUAUCGGUGGACGCAGUGGUCUACUAUUUUCCUCGCACUGGCUGCGUACAUCCUCAUUCUUCCAACGCAGGAAACACACCGGAAAGUGUUGCUAAAGCGAAAAGCCCUGCGAAUGGGCCUUCCACCUCCGGAGCCAGAGCUCGCGCCGCGGGAGGCCAUCAAGAUGCUACUCACUAUCACCCUCUUCCGCCCAAUCCGCAUGCUUACGUCGGAGCCUAUCGUUCUCUUGUAUUCCGUCUACAACGCAUUUACUUUCAGCGUGCUAUUCGCCUUCUUCGAGGCUUACCCAUUCGUGUUUAUGGGAGAGUACGGCUUCAACAUCUGGCAGUACGGCCUCACGUUCUUAGGGAUUGGCGGCGGCGUGCUACUCGGGGCGGUCGGCGCAAUUCUGGUCGAUCUCUUGGUGUAUCAGAGAAUCGUGCGGGAGGGCGGUGACCGCAUCAGAAAUAGGGGGCCUGAGCAAAGACUAUACAUCGGCAUGAUUGGCGAUCUCUGCCUCCCCAUCGGGUAG